AUGCGACGUGCUCUUCAGAUCUCCCUCAUGCGCUGUGGGUGCGCCCCGACUUUCUUUGCCGCCACUACGCCUCUCGCGGCGGCCGUUCGCCCACAAAGCGGCUUUUCCUCCGGAGCCCCUCCAGGCACUGCCGAAUCCGGCCGCAACGAACACCUCCACCCCCCAACCGGCGUCGAGAAAUCACCACCGCUUGAAGAAGAAUUUCAGCCCCCUAAGAAGCCCUCCGAGGCACCGACCUUUUUGAAAGUCCGCACAGACGAUAAAGGCAUCACCAACCUCCAGCUCGCGCGGAGCCCGGUGAACUCUUUCAACCUCGAAUUUCUCCAAGAGCUAAAUCAAUGGCUACUGUGGCUUGGCAGCAACGAGGAAGCGCGGGCGGUCGUGCUCACCUCGGCGAUCCCGACGGUCUUCUCCGCCGGGCUCGACCUCGCCGAGCUGCACAACCCCAAACAGGAGCGCCUCGUGCAGUUCUGGCAGAGCUUUCAGGAGCUGUGGUUAAUUCUGAACAGCUUCCCGAAACCAAUUGUGGGCGCAAUAACGGGUAACAGCCCCGCGGCGGGGUGCGUGGUGGCGAUGGGGUGUGAUUACCGCGUGAUGGCGCGCGGCCCCAAGGGAGAUGCCAAGUCGCGCCUCUUCCGCAUCGGAUUGAAUGAAACGAAGCUGGGGUUGACGACGCCGCCGUGGGCGAUGCCGGCGUACGCAUAUCUGCUCGGCUCCCGCCAGGCUGAGAGGCUGCUGCAGCUUGGCGAGACGCCAACCGCAGACGAGGCGCUCCGGAUCGGCCUCAUUGAUGAGGUUGCGGAGGACGAGGAAAAGACGAUCGAGGCAGCUUUUCAUCAGGCCGAGCGCUUCCUCGCCGUGCCGCAACAGUCAAGGUGGAUGUCGCGCGACAUGAUGCGGCGGGAAUACUUGCAGAUGUUGGCCUCCGAUGAGGAUCGGAACUAUGAUACAGAGUUCAACACGCAGUUCUUAAGGAGCCCAGAGGUACAAAAAGCGCUGAGCAAUUAUUUGGAGCGUCUGAAGUCUAAAAGUCGAAAAUAA